GCCAAAACCCCUCCUUGAAAAGGGAAGGAAAGACGAAAGCCCAAAACCGAAGGAAUUACUACCCUUCGAAUCUAAUUCUAGCUGCUAAAAGCCUAACUUUAUUUCACAGCUGUGUCUUUUUGGGGCAAUUUACCGUGUCCGUCUGCUCACAAAAUGCAAGCAGAUCAGCAGCAGCAGCACCAUCACCAACCACAACACGAAGCAUGGAAUUUAACCAUUCAAGCCAGAGCUCGCAGAAUGUUCGAUUUCACUGUAAAAGCUAGAAUUAUCCCAACAACCGGAAAAUUCCAAAGCUUCUCCAUCCUUCUCUGGCUCCACAGCUUCGACUUCCGAUUCAAUCUGGAAUCAGUGCCGGCAAUUCCGAGUCAAAGGGAAACCUUGAAAUCGAGAUUGCUCAAGUUUUUCGAAAGGAUUCGGAUCUGUUCUUGGAAGAAAAAGACUUCUGCUCCAAAGAAAGAUGUUAUUCCUGCAAAUCCGUUGACAAAGCCAGCUUUCAAGAAAACUGAAGAAAUCAGUCCCUGUUGGCUAGUUUUGACGGGUGGGUGUCUUGCGGCUGCUGUUUGCUGGGCUACUUUUCAUCAAGGUAACUACAUGAAGUUUGAGAGUGCCUCCAUUUCACGGUAUGUCAGCGCGGCAUUCAAGUUUGCCAGUGAAAUCUUGUACAAGUGGAUCAAGUGGUAAGACAAGGGUUUUGCAUCAUUUAGGUUUCAUAUUCUGACUCUUGCCAUCUGUGAAAUACCAUCUUUAUGUGUGUGUGUUUUUUUUUCUUUUUUUUCUUUUUUUUUUUUUAAUUUUAAUACUUACUCUUAUAUUGAGGUUAGUUCACUUCACUUAGUAAAUGGUUUUUUCUAUGUACCGAGAAAACAAAUAUUUGAUAGUUCU